AUGUUUGGAUCUGGAGAUUUGAUGCUGAGCCUGUGUGGCACCGCCCUCCUGCUGGUCCUGGGAGUGCUCGCCAACGUCUUCAACCUCAGGGUCAUGCUGGUGCAGCAGUGCAGGUCCGGAGGUGUGAAAACCGUUGCCAUCAUCAUUUGCUUCAUUUCGCUGAGCAACAUCCUGCUGCAGAUCUCCACCUUGGUCCUCGUGGCUUCGGUCUGGGCCGGGGUGCUCUGCCAGCCAGACUUCCAUUUUUUCUUCUGUGUUGUCCUGUUCGUGUGGCUCAGCAGCAGCUCCAUCAGCUUCUGGUCGGUCGCCUGGCUGUGCGUCUUCUACUGCAUUAGGGUUUUAAACUUCUCCUCAGUUCUCUUCAGAGCGCUCAAGGAGAACAUCUCAAUCAUCCUGAACGUCACCCUGGUGGGGACCUAUAACCUCCUCCAAACUCUUGUUCCAAACAUGACAGAAGAUGCUGCUUGUGUCAUCAGGAACCCUCUGUUCCCCACCUGGGUUGUCAUCAACGUUUAUGCGAUCAUGUUAAUCUGCUACCUCACCCUGAUGCCCAUGAUGAUCAUGCUUACGACUUCACUGAGGCUGGUUGUCUACCUCUGUCAACACACUGUGCCCAUACAGGAGGCAGCGCGGCUCUCACUGCAGUGUGUGUUGGUCUGCAGGUUGACAGUGGCUCUGGUGUGGGUUUACCUCACCACACUGCUCACCAUCUCCCUUCGCUAUUUCCAUGCGAUCUUUGCUUCUGGGCUGAGCACGGACACGCUCUUCUUUGGCUUGUCAUUUUAUUGUGUGGCUUCUGCGAUCCACCUCACCUGCUCCAACAAAAACCUGAGAGAGAGGCUUGGAGAGCUGCUCUGCAGAGGGAAGAACACAAACACACCGGCCAGGAGUGCUGAAGAUAAAAGCGGAGCAACAGCCACAGUUUAA